AUGGAGAUCGAAGUAAAUUUACAAAUUUCUAACUAGAUUGCUGGUGAUAGAGAGGUUUAUUAAAGGACAAAGUAAGAAAUGUCAGAUUAAUAUUGCACUACAAAGAUUAGUUCUACUGAAACCAAUGAUAUUGAAAGUGACUGUGGGAUAAGCUAAUGCAUAUCACCAAUUGGGAGCGAAGAGUUUUUAAAAAUUAAGUCCGAGUCUCAAGAAAAGCUAAAAGAUCCUUAAAGCAAGACCGCUUACAUUAUGCUGUAAAAAAGGAGACACGUUUAGCUGGACCAAAUAACUGAAAUGGAAGAUGUGAGUUCAUCUGUGAUCUCAGAUUCUGAUGUUCAGCAGUCCUAUGAGUUUUAGAGAAAAAUGAUCAAAGUGUCUUCUCAAUUUAAUGCUUACCUUGAUAAAAAUAUUUACUGUGAUCAGACAACAUCCUACGCUCCAAUUGCAUAAUCAACUCCAGAAGCUGAAGAGUAAAAAAAGAGCUUUGCUACAAAUUUCAACAAAAACUUCAAUAGCGAAAAAAUGAGCAAAAUAUUCAGCUCUUCAAAGGAUAUAAAUCUUGUAUAAACAGAUGUCCCAGAGAGAUUUCAGCUACUCCUUAAUAAUUUCGUUGCAGGAAAGUAGAUCAACGAAGAUGUUAUGAAGCAUUUAGUAAGAUGGAUAUACAGUAAUCUUUCUUAAAAAGAUGGAACUAAUAAAAUUAAACUCGAGACUGUUGAAAACGUGGUUAGAUUAGUUGUUUAACAAAAAAUGGAAGUUAUGACAAUUUGGAAUAACGAAAGUAACUUCAUUCCUAAUAUAAGCAUCUAAACACUCUGGGAUAUCUUUAACUUGAUGAUUAACUACAAAGAUGAAAUUUAUUUCCCAAGAAGCAGAAAUGAAGAAGUUGUAAUUGAAAUGUACUCUAUCAGAUAGAUAAGUGAUAUUAUUUAGUUUUUCAUGAAUGUGGCCUAGAAUAGCAAAGAAUUCAAUGACAUUUAGCAACACCUAAAUUACCUAAAGUGCUGUUUUGAGAUUUAGGCUAGAAAAGUUUCUGAUUUACUCUAAAGCCAUCUGACCAAGAUUAAUUAAGCCAGAGAGUACAAUAUUCCUUAAAUUAUAUAUUAAUAUUUUGAUGAUUCUUCUUGCUGUGCUGAGAUGCUUUUCCCAAAAAUCACAGACCUAGCUCCUUAUAAAGAAGAGUAUGAAGCUAAGUUCAAUCCUAUCAGAUAGCAAGCAUCUUAAAAAUUGAUCAACCAAAUGGAGAUAUACAAUGAAGAAAAUCUAUUGAGUCAUAUCUAUUAGAACUAUACUCAGCUUUCCUAGUAAGAAAGACUUAAUCUAUCAGAAUUAAUUUAAGACUACAUCUGCAUUGACUUUCUUUACAAUCCUAUAAUAAAGAAGUUUAUUAUUGACAAUUAUAUGAAGUAUGCAGUUUUAUCAACUUCUCCUUAGGCUCAUGUAAUAGGAUUCAACAUUUAUCAUGAGUUUUUUGCUGCCAAAAAAAUCAUAAAAAAGCCUCUAAGUGAGAUUACGAGCAAUGAAUUUCUGACUAUCCUUUAGGCUAGCUAAUAGAACUUAAUUGAAUGCAAAAUUCUAUUGCCUUGGUAAAUAGAUCAAGGCGAAGACUUGAUUUAUAGAGAGAUUAGCUAACAUUUUUAACCUCAUUUAGCUAGCAAGUCUGAAUCACUUAAUUCUUAUACCUAAAAUCUUCUUCAAAGGCUCUUAAAAAACUAUUUAUAUCCAUACGCUCAACAAUAAGUAUAUAAACAUCUUGAAAAUAAAUCCUUAACUGAAGUAAGAGAUAUCUGUGUUUCUAAAUUCAAAGAAUAUAUAAGCUAUGGUCCAUAUCUUAUUAGAGAUAGACAGGAUUAACUUGUAAAGCCUGAAACAAUAUUGUCUUUUUAUGUGCAUGAAAGCUCUGGAAUUGUUGGAGUUUCAAUGAUAAGCUAGGACGGAAAAGAAAUUCACAAGAAUUGUUUGGAAUAUUAUUUUAAUGCUGAUAAAUUAGUAUCAUAAAAGAGAGAACAAGAAAUCAAAAAUUUAUAUGAAUUUAUUAGAAACAGAUAACCUUAUGUCAUUAUUGUUUCAUCAAACUGCUCUAGAGCUCUUGUACUGAAAUCUAACCUCUAUAUUCAAUUUAAGAACUUAUGCAGGAACAUUCUUAUGUGUGAACAAACUUUGAUGACUUGCUACUUAAACUAGUCUUCUUUUAUCCAGUCUCCUAAGGAUAAAUACAUAUUCUUAGCAAGAAAAUAAGCAAAGGCAUUUUAGUUUAGACUAUUGGAAGUAUGCUCACUUUGGAACUAUGAAAGCAAUCCAUUGCUUGAGAUUAAGCUUCAUCCUUUCUAGAAAAAGGUUGACAAAAAGGAAUUAUAAAUUAGAUUUGAAUAAGUUAUUUAAGAAAGAAUAUGCCAAGAUGGUUUAGAAUUCAAAACACUAUUUGAUAAAAAUCUAUCGUUUAAAGAUUGCUUACAAUUUAUACCAGGUUUUGGUCCAAGAAAAUCUCAUUUCUUUAUCAGUUAGUUUGAAUAAGGCAAAGAUUUCAAAGAAAUUACUUCUAGAAAAAAGUGCAUUUAGCUCAAUUUGAUGGGGGAGAAUCUUAUUGUCAACUGUAUGGCUUUUAUGAUGUUCUCUAAAUCUGACAAUCUCCUAGAUCAAACUAAAAUACCUUACAAUCAGUAUUUCAUUGUGAAUCAUAUUGUUGAAACCAUUGACAAAUGCUAAUUGCUUGAUUAAACACCUCAACAAACUGCUGUUUAAUCAGGUGAUAUGGUAAAUUUCUAAGGUUAGUUAUAGAAAAUGAUUUCAAAACCUGAAGUUUGGAUGAACAACUUUGACAUUAAUGAUUAUAGCAAACUCUUAGAAAAAAAUUAUCAGAGACCAAAUAUGGUAAUUGUUUUGUCUAAAAUAUUAGAAAAAUUGUGUGCGUUAUCAAAUUUAAAUGAAAAAAUGAAAAUGAUCCCACCUGAAUUGAGCUUGAAAUAAAUUUUUGAGUCAAUCUACAACAUUCAUCCAAAUUGCAUUAGAAAAGGUGCUUAGCUCAUGUUAAAAUUUAGAGAUAUUACUGAAAAAUACAUUGAAUUUACUUCAAAGGAUUUCAAAAUUAGAUGCAGACUAAUGAAGUCAGACAUUCCUAAUGGGCUGGCAGUAGAAAAAUUCUAUUAGAAAAAAAGGAAUGCUGAGAUUGAACUGAUUCUUGAUUCUACCAAAGUGUUUGAAAAUCAAAAUGAAAAUACUCAUUAAAUCGAUGCGAUCUUCGAUAACAAAGUAACAUUCACUUAUCCGGAUUACAAAGCUCUAGCAACGCAGAUUGUGACAGAGUUCAAAGACAAAAACCCUUAUUUUGGUCAGUUAGAUUAAACAGACUUACCUUCCACGAGAGUAGACUUAAAAUCUUAGUUUAAUAUAUUCUCUAAAGAAAUGGAAAAGAAUCCUCAUAAUGUGAUUGAUCUUACUGAAAGUACUCCAUCUUUCUAAAUGCAAUAGCAGUGUAAACAAAUUUAAGAAUCUUCUUCUUCUUCUUGGGCUAACUCUUCCGGCUCUUCUACUGUAUAAAGUAAUUAAACUUGGGCUAGUAACGAUUCUAAUCAGGGAUGGAAUAAUAGCAACUAAGCUUAAAAUGAGCAGUCGCUAAGAUAAAAAGAUAAUUCUUAAUCAGAAUUUAAAAAACCUUUUAAUAAGAACAACAAUUAGAAUGAUUUCUCAGCAGGUGAUAAUUCUUCAUCAUCAUGGGGUACCAGUUAAACGAAACCCUCUUGGGAGUCUAAAUAAAGUGAAUCUAAUAACUUUAACGACUAGCCUUUGAGAAGUAGAAAUUAGUAGUAAUAAAACUCAAAUUUUAAAAAUGAUAACAAUUCAUUUGGGAAUAAAGAAUAGUCCUCAGGAUGGAAUUAGUCUAAUAACAAUAAUAAUAGUGAUACGAGUGGAUGGGGUAAUAGUAGCAAUGAUUCAGGCUAAAAUGCUUCCAAAGAAGAUGGAUGGGGUUCUUCCAAUAAUAAAACUAAUUCUAAUGAAGGAGGAGGAUGGGGAUAAAACAUGAAUAAAUCUUCUGAUAAUGAUUGGAGUAAAUAGGAUAAUUCAAGUAGCUGGGGUGGUGCUUAAAAUAACAAAGCUCCUACUAAUAAUUUAGCAAAAAGUAGCUCAAACGAAGGAGGUGGAUGGGGAAACAACUCAUCAUCUUCUUCUUCAAAUAAUUGGGGAGCAUCGAAAGACCAAACUUCUACAAAUGAAAGUGGUGGAAAUGGCUGGAAUUCUUCAUAAAAUAAUGAUAACUCAGGAUGGGGAACUUCAAAUACUUCAUCAUCUAGUAAUUUUGGCUAGAAUUCUGGUAGAGAAAGAAACUAAAAUGGAGGUAACAAGGGAAAAGGCUGUUUCAAAUGUGGCAAAGUUGGUCAUAUGGCAAAAGACUGCACAGAACCAUAGCAACAAGGCAGAAAAUAAAGUGGCGCUUGCUUUAAAUGCAACCAAGAAGGCCACAUGUCUAAAGAUUGUCCAAAUCAAUAAUAAAAAAAAAGUGGAUGUUUUAAAUGCGGUGAAGAAGGGCAUUUUUCAAAAGAUUGCCCCAAUCCCCAAAAAUAAUAGCAAUAAAAACCUAGAGGGGGCGCAUGUUUUAAAUGCGGAGAAGAAGGGCACAUUUCAAAAGAUUGUCCUAACCCUUAAAAACAGUAGUAAAAAAAUACAUGUUUUAAAUGUAAACAAGAAGGCCACAUUUCCAAAGAUUGUCCAAACUCAUAAAACUCAGGAGGAAAUAAGUGCUUUAACUGUAAUUAAGAAGGUCAUAUGUCAAAAGACUGUCCUAACCCAUCUUAAAAGAAAAAAGGAUGCUUCAAUUGUGGAGAAGAAGGUCAUUAAUCUAGAGAAUGCACUAAAGAGAGGAAGGAGCGUCCACCACGCAAUAAUAACAACAAUAAUAAUGGUAAUUUUAGAGGAAAUAAGCAAUUUGGAGGAGGUGGAAAUUCUAAUGGAGGCUAAUCAUGGGGAACUUCCUCUGGCAGUGAUUGGAAUUGUUAAAGUAAUGUCUAAGAAAGCACAACUACAUCAUCUGGAGGAUGGGGUAGCAGUGGAUCUGGUAAUUAAACUGGAGGAGGAUGGGGAUCUAAUGAUAACCAAUAAUAGCAAAAUGAAAAUACAGGAGGAGGCGGGUGGGGAUCAUCCAAUUCAAAUUAAACCAAUAAUGAGAGUUCUUGGGGUUCAAACAAUCAGGCAUCUUCAGGUGAAAAUUAAAAUAACUAGUGGGGUAACGGAGGAGGAUCAGGUGGUUGGUGA